AGCCGCCUUGGCCUCAGCAUUGGUGGGUCGCCGUGCAGUCGUACACACAUCCAACGUGCUCAACCAUUCGAGUGGUGAUUCCUAUGAUUGGCUUAUUCCCUCGAUCCUUACAUAUACCCUUCUUUCUUCAUGUGGCGUGUGCUUUCACACGUAGUUUGGGUGCCGACUUGCAGGCAACGCAUGACUGCCACACGUCAGUCGAGGGCGAGACGUGCUACGUGAUGGUGACGUGGGCGAUGCGAACGGAUUUCGCGGAGCACCCAGAAACGUACAUUUCAGGGAACUUAACCGAGAAGUCCAGCUUUCAGGACUUCCAGCGGCACCUGCACGGCGUACCUGGGCUCUCGGACGUGUGCCCCGACCCUUGUGCAGCGCCGGCGGUGCAUGUCCCAGAGCCAGAGCAGAGGGCGGCAGCGGAGGGAUGCCACACGUCCGUCGCGGGCGAGACGUGCUACGAGAUGGUGACGUGGGCGAUGGGAGUAGACUUUGUGGAAAGCCCUGAGGCGUACACUUCGGAUGGCCUGACCAAGAGUUCUAGCUUUGAGGACUUCCAGCGACACCUGCACGGCCUCCCAGGCCCCAUGCAGCGCAUGUGCCCCAGGCCCUGCGCAGCGCGGGCGCCGCAGGCCCCAUCCCCUGCACCGCCGCCGGCGUCGGCGAGCUGCCGCGUGCCCGUCGAGGGCGAUGAGUGCUUCGUGAGGGUGGUGUGGUCGAUGCAGACGGGCGUGGCAAAGUAUCCCGAGUGGUUCUCCCCCCUGACCAGCAGCUCCAGCUUCGAGGACUUCCAGCGGCGCCUGCACGACACGCCCAGGUUCUCCGACGUGUGCCCCGAGCCCUGCGGUGCGCGGGCGCAGGAGAUCACCCAGAGCCAGCGCAGGUGCCAGCACGGGGGAGCUGCGGCACGCCCGUCGAGGGCGACGAGUGCUUCGCGAGAGUGGUGUGGUCGAUGCAGACGGGCGUGGCAAAGUAUCCGGAAUGGUUCUCUCCCCUGACCAGCAGCUCCAGCUUCGACGACUUCCAGCGGCAUCUGCACGGCACAGCCAGGUUCUCCGGCGUGUGCCCCGAGCCCUGCGGAGAGCCAUCGGAGCGGGUCGUGGCCCUACCGACCCCUCCGCCCACACCUGUUCCACCGCUUUGUGAUGUUACCAAUGGCUCUCUUCCGAAUUCUCAGUACCCAUGUCAGUGCGAUUCCGCCGUGUGCGAACUCAAUCAGCUUUGUUCCGCAGGCUCAUGCAUGCCCAUAUCGGUUCUGCACGUGCAGUGGCCAUGCUCGAACCCUGGCAUCGGCAGCCCGUACUUCAGCCUUUUUGGAACAAGUCAGACUGGAGCGCCAAUCUACUCCAAUGUUGAUGGCAAUUAUCUCUAUUGGGACGCUUCUUGUGACGGAUACGUGCGUGCAGGAGAUGAUCGAGCACCCAGAUGGAUUCUGGAUCAGGAGGUACCGUCAUUGGAUGCUGGCAUGGACCUGGAUCUUGAUGGGCAAUGUUCGUAUUUUGGGCACACUGGCACUGAUGACAAGUAUGGUAUACCUUUGGGUGACUCAAACUGGACACUUCUUUGCGAUGGUGCACAGCUCAAUGCGACGGUAGCGAUUACGAUGCUGCACGAAAUGCCCGGGACUCCAAGCCCGACUUUGGAGCCUGGAGUACCCUGCACUUGUGAGGGACGAUGUGGAACAUUUCCUUACAUGGACGUCGAUGGUGAUGGUUGCCUUUCUCAGGCGGAGACCGAUCAUGUAGAGCAGCUCACGGGGCACUUUACCGAUAUGGACGUGGAUGGGGACGGCUGCGUUACCCAGGAAGAGUGUGCGGCGUCGGACUUCUCUGCAGAUUUGGCUUCGUUUCCGAUCGAGGGACCUGCUCAUUGUAGCUACGGGUGGUACUUCAUGCAAGGCACCAGCGUUUGCGUGCAGUGUCCCAAUGGGGAGACAAGGCGUCGUCGAUCGGAAUCGUGCUCCAAUUGCUCCGACGGCAAAGUGGACGUCGGAGACUUUGACAGCUGCAUCGGCGGGAUAUAUCUGCUCCAGCCUCUCGAGGUUGGGGGCACCGUCCUCUUCAUCAACAAGGACACCGACGAGGGUGGAAACGUGUUGAUGAAGGGCGAUUCGAUCAACAUCGCAACGCGCAACCCCAACCAUUACGAGGUAGCGACGAUCCAGGACAUGGUUGGCUUCGACUCCAGCCGGCGCCUCUCGCCCGCCCACGAGGACCUGCUCCGCAGCAGCGGUCCCUUCAUCGUCCUGGAGGGGGGCGCGCGCAUGCUCUUCGAUACCUACGACGGUGUCACCCUCUCGUGCUCCGCGGCCGACGGGCGCGAGUUCUCCAGCUCGUACCCGUGCGGAUGUGGCGUCGCGGUCUGUCAGUCUGGAGAGAGGUGUGAGCUCUCCGAGACUGGGGGCUUCGGGAGCGCCGGGCUGUGCAUUCCUGGGCCAGCCGGGGUUCCCCUGCCGACGCCCGCCCCGACCGUCUCUGCCCGGGGCGACCCGCACCUGGUCAACCUGAACGGGGAGCACUUCGACGUGAACCACGGGGGCGAGUUCACUUUGCUGCGGAUCCCCCAGACCACGAGGCCCACGCUGCUCGAGCUCAAGGCCUCCAUACUCCUCGAGUUCGGGAAGCCGUGCACCACGUACAUCACCGAGCUCGAGCUGUCCGGCCUCUGGCUCGACGGCCAGGUCGUGCAGGUCCGCUCCUACCUCAGGUCGCGCGCCGAGAACGAGACCGACAAGUUUCUGGGCCUCCGGGUGCUCAAGCCUCCUGGCGCGCCGUCAGAGGCCCCGUGGGAGAAGCUGGACGAGAGGGACGAUCCCGUGGUCCUCUCGGAGGGAGCGGGGCACUCCAUGCGGGUCACGCUGUCCACGACGAGGUGGUACAGCAACAAGCGCGCGGGCGGCACCGCGCCGAGCGUGGCGGGGCAGGUGGAGAUCGGGCUGCAGAACCGCACCCUCGGGCACCACAAGGUCGCGGCAACGCAGAUCGUCAUGCGCCAGGACCUGCCCAUGCAGGAGCACCUGAACCUGGCCGUGCGGCACUUGAGCUCGCUCGCCCGCAUGGACAUCGGCGGCCUCCUCGGCUUCGACCCGCACCCCGAGUCCCUGGAGGACGUCACGUCCGAGUGCCAGCGGCACAGGGACGGGCUCGACCGCGAGCGGGGCCCGCGCUCCAAGAAGGCCUGGAAGGUCCGCUGGGAGAAGGUCAAGGCGCGGCGCGGGCAUGCCCAGGCCCCCGGCGGCCGCAUGAACGACAACGAAGCGGCCGCCAGCCUCGACCAGAGCCUGCUCGGCCGAGCGAGGGACAGAGAUGAUGUGCGUGUGCGCCGACGCGGGCCCCAAGGAGGACCCAUUCGCCGACGACGCCGACGACACGUCCGUCCCGGGCGUCCUCGUCGACUCCCAGACUGGCAGGCUCGCGGAGGCGGUCUGGGACUGACGAGCUGGAGCCACGCGGUGCGGAGCGCCGUGUCGGCCUCUUGGCCUCGCCGCAGCUCUGCGGAGCGUCGGGGUCCCUGCUCCCGGCACGUGGCGCGGAGAGCGCUUGCUCCCCCAGCUGUUCCCCUGACCUUCCUCCACCGUCGCUCUCGCCCUCCCCCGGCUUGUGCAGCUGCUUCGACGCUGGAGCGUCCCAGCGCUGCUGCGCCUGCCUCUGGAGCUGAGCUGUCGAGUACACCCUGCCGACCCGCCUCGUGACCCGCGAGCCCACUGCCGCGGCUGUGGGAUCGUCUGCUCAGCUGACCUUCGUCCUCGCUCGCUCUGCGAUUCUGCUUCUCGGCUCUGCUCGAUCGGCUGCUGCUCCUCGUCACCUCCUCGUCCAGAGAGCCCGCACCCGCUCCCGCGACAGUCUGGCGCGGGAGCAGGCGCGGGCUCUUGGAGCACGUCUGGCGGCCAGACGUGCCUCUGUCGGGUCCUGCUCCGCGCCGCGGGGGCCCCACCGCGAGGGACCUUCUGCCUGCCAGCAGUUUGGUGCUUGGUGGCCCUGUCCUCCGCGCUGUCGCUCUCCAGAUGCCGCACCGUGACCGCCUCUACGGGGGUUCCGUUUGCCUCGGACGGGCGCUCAGGGUGCCGUUGGUGGUUCCCUGCUUUUUGUUCCUUCGGGAGCCGCCGCUCUAGGCGGACGGCGAUUUCACAGUGGCACAUUUUAAUCUAUGCUCCCUCCCUGGAAGGAAGAAGCACGGGGUCCAUGACCAAGCUGUCGCGGGAUCUUGUCGUUGCCGAUCUUGGUCAUGGUCCGUGUCCGUUGUCUCCGUC